CUCUCUGCCCAUUUCUAUAUUCUGCCAUCUCCUCUCUGCUGCGUACAUUUCUUUAAACCCCUCAUUUCAAUUCCCGAGAACAAAAGAGCGUACCCGUAGAUUAUACACUAAAAGUUGUGGUCCUAUUUCUUUUUUUUCAGUUCCAUACACUUCUUUUAUUGAAUUUGCACUUUCUUGUUAAACACCUUUCAUUUUCUCUCAAUGCUGCAAACUUAAAAUUGCAGACCCUUUGUGAAACCAUAGUUUGGUUAUGGGCAAGGAAUGGUUGUACCCCUGGGGUGGCGGUCGCGGUGGCAGUGGUAGUGGUAGUAGUAGUGGUAGAUCGAGAAGGAGAGGUGACAGUGGAAGUGUUGUUAGUAAUAGUACUAGUAGUAGUAGUAGUACACCUUCGGGCUGCAUCAAUGCUGUCAUUCAUCUCUUCGAUUUUCAUCCUUUUCAUUUCUCCAGUCAUUUGCAUCAUCAAUCUCACGACGACAGUACCAGCUUCAUGCCAGAUGAAAAUAAUACUAGUGUUCCUCUCAAAGGAGCGGAAGCUCUAAGAAACAGUCUGGACAUACAUGAUGGGACCAACUACAUGGAAGCGGCAACAUUAUCAUCAGCUAACCUGAAAAAAGAGGGAACUUUACAUGUCGAGACGGAUAUGCAGAUCAGAACAAGUGGUCACGCGAGAUCAUCAUUCAGAAGAGACGACGAUAAUUCAACAAUUUGCAGCGAUUCACCAGGGGGGACCAAGACUCCCACUUUGGUAGCAAGACUGAUGGGUCUCGAUCUUCUUCCUGAUAGCUCCUCUCCUCGUGUUUCUUCGUCUUCGAGUACAAUUAAUCAUUCAUUACAAAAUAUUGUAUUGAACAAAAAGAAAGCGACUCGUUCUUCCUUUUCGAAUGCUAGUGAUUUAAUUAGCCAUUCGGUUCCGGUGACACCGAGAACAUCAUCAUCCUCAUCAGCACGAAGAUCGGAUAUUGAUCAAAGGUUUUCUCUGCAGAUAAACAAAGAAAACAUUGAUGUUGGUAGUUGUCAGGAACUAGAGUUCUCGAGAUUUCUGAAAUCGAAGAUUAAUGCGGCAAGGAUGCAUGAAGAUAAGAAUAUGAGCCCCGGGCACUACGCAAGACAAAUAGUUAAACAGUUCAAAGAAAGUGUCAGUAGGCGAGUCGGUAAGGACAUUACCAACACUUCUAAUCAUGAUUACCAGAGAAGAGAUCAAAAUGUUGUUCUUCUAAAACCAAAGAAACCAUCUAAUCUCGGCAAUGGAUCUGAAACGACGACUAAAUCUCCGAGGCUCAGGCUGUCCGAGACGAAGAGCAGGCCAACAGUGACAAAAGUUCAUCAAGAUUUUCAGCAUUCCCCAAAGCUCUUGUCAUCAUCACAAUUAUGCGCGGAUAAACAAUCCAAACAUGAAACGGUGUCUUUAAGAUCAAAGCCGCAGAAGGCUGUCUUGAUACUGAGGGAAGAAAAAGAGAAGCAAAAAAGUUCAGUUAAAAAGUCCAAGCUAGUUGUUCAUGGUGAUGAGAAUAUGAAAUGCAGUUCAAAGUUCAAAAAGCCGCCACAAACAUGGGAUCUGAUGAGGAACAAGCAGGAAGAGGCCUUUGUUAGGUCAGCAGCAUUAACAAAUGCCAGAGCAUCCCAAACUUCAGACAAUAAAUGCAAGAAAACUCCUCUUCCAGAUCUUCUUUCACUCAAAAAGAAGGAGUUAAAAAGGCAAAAGAAGUUCUGUGAUUCUGAAGCAUCUGAUCCUCCUUCAGCAAAAACGAAUACAAAGCUGCUAUCUUGUAACUUGAGCCAAUCGUGCCAACAAGACCCGAAUGACCAAAACAGUUUGAUGGCAGCAGAACAACUAACUGACUACAUUUCAAGAAUCUUAAACUGUACGGGCAUUUUCCCUUUUACUCCGAUAUCAAUCUUCAAAUUUAACUCUCUUUUACACCCUCUACAUCCAUCCGUAUUUCAUCAAUUGCCAAAACUACCCAAUGGGAAGCUCGUUUUCGAGCUGGUUGAUCAGCUUUUGGCUGGAAUCUUGCAGUCUCAUUUUGGUGAGAGGUUUAUGUUCGGGGAUGAGUUAAAAUGUUAUACCCGGUGCACAAAACUCGAGCAUACAGGGAAAGUCCGGCUCGACCGGGAGCAAUUGUUAAAUACAUUGUUCAACAAAAUAAAAAACUUUCGGUCGGUGAAUUGUCUAGUUCAGGAAGACAUUGAUGAACUGAUAGAUAAAGAUCUACCACCCAAGUUGUUGGAGUUUGAAGAAGAAGUUGAGGGAAUAGUGAUGGAGAUUGAAGAUUACAUCUUGGAGAGGCUUGUGCAUGAAACUGUGACCGUUUGUUGAUUGUGUGGUAGUCCGUACAGAAUGAAGAGAAUAAUUAUUUGUAUGUUUUUCAUUUAAAUUCAAAAGGAGGGAACACAAUCUGACUCGGGUCACAUGUGAUCGGAAUUCACGUGACGCAAUGAGAUGCUAUUCGCAUGGUUCUUUGCCUCGUGUCUCGUUUCUAUUCUCAUUGUAAUUGCAUGUGUAAAUCAAGAUUUUAUGAGUCGAGUCAUUUAUUUGUAUGAUAAGUUUGUUAAUUGUUAUAUAUAUUUGUGAAAAAAUGUUUUGUAUAUUAGUUAUAUUAAUUGUUCAAUCAAU